AUGGCAGAAGAAAACAAAGGUGUUGGCAUCCUUAGUUGUCUAAAGUCCAUGGCGACUCGAAAAGUGAAGGUGUUAUUCCUCUUGCUGUCGGCAGCUGUCUUAGCCAUGGUCUGUCCACAGCUGUCCUGGUCAAGCGUCUCUCAGAGGAUCAUCCAGGGAACCACAAACUGCGAGCCUUCAGAUCCCCCUUGUUUAGAUCGCUUGGCAUCACAAUUCAACAGAGUAGAGGACAUAUUUUGUAUCAAUCUGCCGAAGUUUCUUCCACAAUUCAAGAAUCCAUGUUUUUACGACUAUCUCUCCGCGGGUAAAAGGAAGCUGCGCUGUCUACCAUACUUUUAUAUCAUCGGAAUGGCCAAAAGUGGUACCUCGGACCUCCAUGCAAGGAUGGUCAAACAUCCGCUUGUUAACCGCAACGAUUUUGGAUCUGGUAAAGAAACGCGGUUUUGGUCACGGAAUAGAUAUGAUAUGUUCACACAAACUGCCGAGGACAUUGAUGGACAAAAAAAUUCGGAAAUAAUUACAGGCGACGCGUCUCCUAUGGAUCUCUGGGACUUCCGGGGCUGGCCCAUGAUCCCUCAGAAUGAAGGGCUAAAUGAACCACACAUCCUUAUGCCCCACUUUUUAAAGUACAUUUACAAAGGGGCGCCCAAAUUAAUCAUACAGCUCAGGGAACCAAUUGAAAGACUCUACUCCGACUAUGUUUUCCUGGGCUACGGCACUAACCCUAUUGAGUUCCACAACCACACUCUCCAAGCCAUAGACAUGUUGAACGCCUGUCUCAAGAACCACACCACCAGGUUUUGCUACUUUGAUAACGACAUGUACCAGAAGCUACCGGCCAGAGUCCAUCUUGGGUGCUACUCGGUGUUUCUCAAAGAAUGGUUUCGGGUUUUCCCGAGAAGCGCAUUUCACGUGACGCGCACAACUGAAUACAAAAACGACAUGGAGGGGACCCUGAAGGGUGUGUUCGACUUUCUGGACAUACCGCACCCUACAAGUUCACAAAUGGAAGACAUUGUGAAUAUGACAAGGCGUCGAGUGACGGUUAAAAAGGAGGGCGUGGCACUUCCGGAAACAGUGAAAGUCUUGCGGGAGUUCUACGCUGAUUGUAACAAGGAAGCGGCUGAACUGCUGGCAGAUGACCGUUUUUCAUGGAAGGACCACUACUCUUGA